AUGGCCAUCAAAGACAAGAAACCCUGGAACACCACCCCUCUGAUCGAAUCCUCCGUCCUAUCAGAAUCAGCAGGAUGCAGAAUCUUCCUCAAACUCGAAACGCUCCAACCCGGCGGCUCCUUCAAAUCCCGCGGCAUCGCCAACUUCUGCCUCCGCGCGCUCAAACGCUCCCCGUGCCCCGAUAGAGUGCACUUCUACAGCAACAGCGGCGGCAACGCCGGCAUCGCCGCCGUGCACGCUGCCAACUUUUUGGGGAGGCCGUGUACGGUCGUGGUGCCAGUGACGACGAGCGAUGUCAUGGUUGCAAAGAUCAAAGCUGCGGGCGCGCAGGAGGUCGUGCAGUACGGCUGUGGACUGAGGGAGAGCGAGACGUAUUUGCGGGAGGUGGUGAUGAAGAAGGCGGAGGCGAGGGGAGAGGAGGGCGUGCAUGUUAUGCCGUAUGAUCAUCAAGACAUCUGGGACGGGAACGCGACGAUGAUCGAGGAGGUGCGGGAGCAGAUGGAGGGGAUGGGGGAGCAGGCGCCGGAGGUCGUGGCGUGUAGUGUUGGGGGUGGGGGGAUGUUGAACGGGGUCUUGCAGGCUAUGGAGAAUUUGGAGGCAGAGGGGGCGGACGGGUGGGAAAGGACGCAGGUGCUGGCUAUGGAGACGUUGGGGGCGGAUUCGUUGGCGAGCUCGUUGGAGAGGGGCGAGCAUUCGACGUUGCCCGGGAUUACGUCGCAGGCGAAGACGCUCGGGGCGGUGAGGGUGUCGGAUCGGACGUAUGAGCUUGCGUCUAGGCAUCAGGCGUCGGGGAAGGUGAAGAGUGCUGUGUUCACCGAUGCAGAAGCGGCGAUGGGGUGCUGGCGCUUUGCGGAUGACGAGCGGAUCAUGGUCGAGCUCUCGUGCGGCGUUACGGUGGCGCUGUGCUACGGUGGGAGAUUGGAGCGAGCAUUGGGCAGGCCUGUACGUCCAGAUGAUAAGGUCGUGCUCAUCGUCUGCGGCGGCCAUGGUGUGACACUGGGUAUGAUUGACCAGUGGAAGCGGGAGUUUGGCGACGUCGACGCCGACGUAUCGAUGGGUGGCAACGAUGACAGUGUGCCCAGCGCCGUCACUGCACACGACGACAUGAAGACCAGUGGCUACACGAACGGCGCCUUGAACGAAUGGACUCCGCCGCAGACUCCACCAGACACUGGCUACCUCGAAGAUGGAAACGUACCGAGCGCAAUGACUGCUCCCGUAGCAGCGUAA